AGGAUUUAUGAUUGUUAUAUGAAAAUUACUAUCAGAAUUUUUGAGAAGGUUCAAGGUAGGUGGAAAAUUCGUCCAACACUAAAAUAAUUAGGAAAAAGUGGUCGGUUUUGAAGGGAUUGGUUUUGGAAAAAUUUUAAAGUGGGUUAAGAGACCUUGGGAGCGAGCCUCGAGGGCUGGAUGUUGAGGGGAGGAUGUCCUAGUGACCCAAAAGGGAUUUCUCAAUCGAGAAAGGUCGGCUAAGGAGAUGACUUUCUUGUUAAUAGGUUCACCGAGAUAAUUCGGCUAGGAGGGAUUCUUCGAGUAAAUAAUCGAGGAGUCAGCUUUUUAAGGUGAGUGUAAAGGGGGUAAAUUCUACGCCUUACGUGUUCUUUCAAGAGUUACAAGUUUUGAGUAUUUUGCUGAAGUGAAUGUCGUUGUUUGAUUGUACUUAUGAUUGAUGAUAUGUGAUUUUGGUUGAGCUAUGCUUGAUGAGAAGGUGCAUGAGUUCUUAUUUAAAUUUAAGCUUAAGUUGAUAAGUGAUUGCUAAAGUUAAUAAAGCAAGUCCUUUUUAAGAAGUAAAUCGCCUUCAAGAAGGUGAAGUCGUUUUAAGUGUUUUUAGUCACUAGCGCCAGUCCGUUGCUUUUGAGACAGUUUGAGAUAGAGCAGCAGUUAUGCUCUUGAGAUUUUAAGAUGGGCAGCAGUUAUGCCCUUGAGAAUCGUGGUGAAGAGCCACCACGAUAAGUUUAAGAUGUUAGGGGGAUGAAUCGUUACGACUUCCCUAACUAAGUUUAAGUUUAAGGAAAGCCUAGGUGGCUUCUCAUACGUAUGAGUUGGCAACCGGACUAGCUAGUGAGGGAUCCCAGUGUCAGUCAAAAAAAUUUAAGUCAAGUUUUGAGCUUUAAGAAGGGAGCUUUAACUCCCGAAGAAUUUUUGAGUUAUAAGUGUUACGAGUGGAAGUACAAAACAACUCCCACUAGUAGAAGUUAAGUGUUUAGAGAAGAAUACUAAAGUACCAUAGAUUUUAUCGUAAGGGCGUAGACUGACCCCAACUCACUCACCAGAUCGUAGAGGAGGAAAUCCUAACCAGCCAUUCCGUGAGCAGCAAGCUAGAGGGACUCAACACCAUCGUCGCUGAGAGAUGUCGAGCCAGGCGUCAGAGUAAGCAUCAGAGAACUUUUUCCGGUUAUUAAGUCCUUAUGGUUAAGAGUUAAGGAUUGGAGAUUUGUUUCUUUUGGACAUUUGAGUUUUGCCCACGUGUUUAGGGCUUCGAUUUGAGAUAUUGAGAUAUUUAAGUUUGAUAUUUUAUUUAAACUUGUGUUAUUUGAGAUUUUUAACUAUACCUCGGGGUAGAAAUGUCUUUUUUCCAAGUUCAAAGAGGUGGGAUGUUUCAUUUUGGUAUCAGAGCCUGGCGUCCUCUGUUUCUUGGUUCCCAAGAAAUAUUGGAAUGUCGGUCUCAGUUUUUAAAGGUUUUGUUUUAAAGAUUUCAAGUCAAGGUUUGGCCAAACCAGUCAGGAUUUCUUUUAAGAAUUUAGAAUCUCCAGUCUACUCUAAACCAUAUCAAGGAAGAAAUAACUGAGAUCUAACGAAACCCUGUACGUCUACAGUGCAAGUGUUGGCCCGCAGCUCACACCACCGGUGCCAGUACCAGAGAGGCGUCCGCCAGACUAUGUAGGGUUCCGGAAGAGAAAGGUGGAAGAUUUUAAGGGGGGACGUUCAACAGACCCCAUGGAAGUAGAGCAGUGGCUAGCUAAGGUCACUCGUACACUGGCCGAGAUGAGAGCUGAUGAUGAGGACAGAGUGCUGCUGACAGUGUCCUUGCUGCAGGACGCUGCAUACAACUGGUGGACUACCCAGCCAGCUAGUCGAGAGGAUCCCCCGGCCAUCACUUGGCCAGAGUUCGUGCAGUUGUUCAAAGACCAUUUCAUUCCGGAGGCUUACCGGAUCGGGAAGCAGAGGGAAUUUUUGCUGAUCAGGCAGAAGUGGGGCAAUGAAGGCAGGGAAAGCGUGACUGAGUACACGGCCAGGUUCGACAAGCUACUUACUUAUGGAGGGCCUCAAUUUCAGGAUGUAGCCGCUCAAUGCAUCCAUUACCUGGAGAGCCUGAAGCCUGCUUUUCGCCGCCAGCUGAGUAUUCUGAAUUGGAACAACAGGGAAGAGAUCUAUCAGGCGGCUCUUCGAUUGGAGAGGGCGGAUACAGCUCUGUAUGAGGAGGGGAUACAACGAGAAGGGAACAAGAGGAAGGCUGUUAGCCUGUCUGAGGGGCCAGGACAGCCGAGUCACCAGAGAAGGAGACCAUCCCAGAACUACUAUGGAGCCACCCAAAGUCAGGCCGACUCAACCAGAUCAGGGCCAACCUACAUUCCUCGGGACCCAUGCAACCAGUGUGGGAGGAUCCACCUGGGAGAGUGUAAGGUGCAUCUGGGAGGCAUCUGUUAUCACUGCAAUGAGCCAGGCCACUAUGCCAGAUAUUGCCCUAGGAAGGGAGGAGAGGGGAGAGCCCAGUCCGAGCAAUCAGUCCGGGGCGGAGGAGGAAGAACUCAGACCGGGCAGCAGUUUAGUAACCAGCCAAACCGGUCUAAUCACCAGCAGGGGGGAAAUGCAGGGCGGUUCAACCGCAAUGAGCGGGAUCGAGGGCAAGGAUCUCAAGCAUCUGGGCAACCAAGACUGUUUGCCAUGAGGAGAGAAGAAGCUGACGCUGCACCUGAGGUGGUGACUGGUAUGAUCUCGCUUUACCACCAGCCCGCUUUUGUGUUAUUUGAUUCCGGUUCCACGCACUCUUUCAUUUCUACCAAGCUUGCUAGAACCUUAGGUAUUCCAUUUGUGAGGUUGGGGCAGAAUUUAGGGGUCAGGACCCCAGUGGGGGAUACCCUUAUAGUAGACUCAGUCAUUCGGGAUUGUGCUAUCACUGUGGCGGGACACGAAUUCGAGGCGAACCUAAUUUUACUACCCUUUGACGAGUUUGAUGUCAUCUUGGGUAUGGAUUGGCUGUCAAAGAAUAGAGCAAAGGUGGACUGCUACAAGAAGGAGGUUAGCCUGGAGGUGGAAGGAAAGGGCACUGCUUUGUUCAAAGGGACUAAGAAGCUUAUCCCUGGGUGCUUAAUCUCCGCGGUUAAGGCAUUCUCAUUAAUUCAAGAAGGAUGUGAAGCAUAUUUAGCUCAUGUUAAGGAGGUGCAAGAGAAGAAGAUAGAAGAUGUACUUGUCGUCAUGGAAUACCCCGAGGUAUUUCCCGAAGAUCUUCCGGGGCUACCGCCGCAGCGAGAGGUAGAGUUUGAUAUUGAAGUGAUUCCUGGCACGGCACCGAUAUCUAUUCCUCCUUACCGUAUGGCACCGGUGGAGUUAAAGGAGUUGAAGGAGCAGUUGCAGGAACUGUUGGAGAAGGGGUUCAUACGCCCUAGUGUAUCACCAUGGGGAGCACCAGUGUUAUUCGUGAAGAAGAAGGAUGGCAGUAUGAGACUGUGCAUUGACUAUAGGAAGUUGAAUAAAGCUACCAUCAAGAACCGCUAUCCUUUGCCAAGGAUAGAUGAUCUCUUCGACCAACUACAAGGAGCAAGGGUGUUCUCGAAGAUCGAUCUACGGUCAGGGUAUCAUCAGUUGAGGGUGGCAGAUGGUUCAGUGCCCAAGACAGCUUUCCGCACUAGGUAUGGCCACUACGAGUUCUUGGUCAUGCCGUUCGGACUGACCAAUGCACCAGCAGCUUUUAUGGCACUAAUGAAUCGGGUUCUUCAUGAGUAUUUGGACAAGUUUGUCAUCGUCUUCAUAGAUGACAUACUCAUCUACUCGAGAAGUAAGGAGGAGCACGAGGAACACCUUAGAGUGGUUUUGCAGAAAUUGAAAGAGGAGAAGCUAUACGCCAAGUUCUCAAAGUGUGACUUUUGGUUGGAGGAGGUCUUGUUCUUGGGUCACAUGAUUUCUGGGCAUGGAGUUGAGGUGGAUCCCAAGAAGAUUGAAGCUGUAACAAACUGGGCUCCACCAAAGAAUGUUUCCGAAGUGCGGAGUUUUCUGGGUUUAGCUGGGUAUUACCGGAGGUUUGUGGAAGGGUUCUCCAGCAUUGCACGACCUAUGACACAGCUAUUGCAGAAGGGGAAAGCAUUUGUUUGGGACGAGAAGUGUCAAACGGCGUUUGAGUCGCUGAAGGAGAAGCUGACCUCUGCACCAGUGCUAGCACUACCGACCAGCGGUGGGGAGUAUUCCAUCUAUAGCGAUGCUUCAUACCAAGGCUUGGGUUGUGUGCUGAUGCAGGAUAAGAAGGUGAUCGCCUAUGCCUCGAGGCAGCUACGGCCCCAUGAGGUGAAUUACCCCACCCAUGACCUGGAGUUGGCAGCAGUGGUCUUUGCCUUGAAGUUAUGGAGACACUAUCUCUACGGCGAGACGUUCACCAUCUUCACGGAUCACAAGAGCCUCCAACACCUGACUGAUCAGAAGGAGUUGAACAUGAGGCAGAGAAGGUGGAUGGAGCUGUUGAGCGAUUAUGACUGUACCAUUAGGUACCAUCCAGGAAAGGCAAAUGUGGUGGCUGACGCCUUGAGCAGGAAGAGGGAGAGCCCUUUACCGGAGUUGGUCUCUUUGAGGGCCAUGAACGUGGAAUUGGAGCUAGAAGAGGUAACAAAGUUGCUAGCAACUUUGAAAAUUCGUCCUAUGCUGCAGGAACGAAUCAGGGAGAAGCAGAGUGAAGAUUUGGAAUUUGAGAAGUACAAGAAGCAAGUGUUAGAAGGGAAGGACACAAAAUUUGAACUGGUAGAUGGGGUACUAAUGUAUCAAGGAAGGUUGUGUGUCCCGGAUGUCGACAAGCUAAGGAAGGAUAUUCUGGAUGAGGCUCACUCUGCGCCCUAUGCGAUGCACCCUGGGGCUACUAAGAUGUAUCGUACCCUCAAGGAGCAUUUCUGGUGGCCAGGAUUGAAGAAAGAGGUAGCUACACAUGUCUACCAGUGCUUGGAGUGCCAAAUGAUCAAGGCUGAACAUCAAGCUCCAAUCAUUGAGCACCUACCAUUGGAGAUCCCGCAGUGGACUUGGGAGAAGAUCACCAUGGAUUUUGUGUAUGGUUUACCGAGGACCCCAAGGGGAAAUGAUGGAGUAUGGGUGAUUGUGGACCGCUUCUCGAAGGUGGCUCAUUUUAUACCCAUCAAGUUCAAGCCAGGACUGGAGGAGCUGGCUAGGUUGUAUGUGAGGGAGAUAGUGAGAUUGCAUGGAGUUCCACUUAGUAUCGUGUCUGAUCGCGACCCUAGCUUCACGGCACGAUUCUGGGUGAGUCUUCAAAAGGCAAUGGGCACUAAAGUUCACUUCUCUACCGCAUAUCACCCCCAGACAGAUGGGCAGUCAGAGAGGACGAUUCAGACACUAGAGGACCUGUUGAGGGCGUGUGUCUUGACCAUGGAAGGAGCUUGGGAUGAGCAUUUGCCUUUAAUGGAGUUCGCUUACAACAACCAGUAUCACAGCUCGAUACAAGCAGCUCCAUAUGAGGUAUUGUAUGGGAGGAAGUGCCGUACACCAUUGUACUGGGAUGCAGAGGGCAUGCGACAGCUGGAGGGUCCGGAGAUGAUACAGAAAGCAGUGGAGAAGGUGGAGGUAAUUCGCCGGAACUUGAAAACAGCUCAAGACCGGCAGAAGAGUAAUGCGGAGAGGCCAGGGAACCCGCGAAGUUAUGAAGUGGGUGAUAUGGUAUUCCUAAGGGUGUCUCCUUGGAAGGGAGUGAUGAGAUUUGGUAAAAAGGGAAAACUUAGUCCGAGGUAUAUCGGUCCAUAUGAGGUGUUGGAGCGCAUUGGACCUUUAGCCUAUCGACUUGCCUUACCUCCCAGCCUAUCUAGGAUCCACGACGUUUUCCACGUCAGCAUGCUAAGGGCGUAUCGAUCCAACCCGGAGCAUGUGAUAAGACACGAGGACAUCCAGUUGGAGGACGAUUUGACCUAUGAGGAGGUUCCAAUCCAGAUUGUGGAUAGGCAGGAGAAGGAGUUGAGGAGGAAGAAGAUUGCCAUGGUAAAGGUGGUAUGGAGAAACCAGGGCAGCGAGGCUGCUACUUGGGAGACAGAGAGUAGCAUGAGAGAGAAGUACCCAGAGUUGUUUGUUGAUGUUUAGAUUGGUAGUGGGCGAACUCCUGUGUACUCUCAUUUUUUUUUUUUUUUUUUUUUGGUACUCUUUCUAGUUCCCAUUUCUCGAUUUUUCAAUAAUAAGACCCGGGGGUUCAAGCCGGACUUACGAUUGCUAGCAAUCCAGUUCAACCUACAAUUUCGAGGUCGAAAUUUCUUAAGGGAGAGGGAAAUGUUAUAUCCCAACUAGCAUCGUCUCUUCGAAGACAGCGUUAAAUUGUUCAAGUGGUUGAUCUACCGUUCAAAUUUCGGGGACGAAAUUUUUAUAAGGGUGGAGGAAAUGUAACACCCCGAAUUUCGGGUUAUAGUUCGACCAUAAUACGGGACCGGUUGGGUUGUCAGUUGCGUACUAAAAAUUGCAAUCGCGGUUUAGUAAUAAUAAUAACAAUAAUAAUUAUUAUAAUUACUAUUUUAUUAUUUAAAAAAAAAAAAUUAACCCCAAAACCCGCCAGCUUUCCCCCAGCAGCAGUUGAAGACCCGACCCCCUUUUAUUUCCCCAAACCCUACCGCCAGCCUAAUUCCCAAAUUCCCCCGACCCUCUUCAUAUUCCUUUCCCCAACUUUAUUCCCAGAGAGCUUUUAGCCAACUCUCUCGUUUCUCCUUUCCCCAAUCAACCGCCGCCCUCUCCAAUAAUUGCCCGGGGAAAAAGAGAAACCGCCGCAAGUCCCAGCCGCACUAGUUGGAAGGAAGAAGAAGCCGGCAGCCGAUCCCGAUCCCAAUCCUAAUCCCAUCCCUCUCAUGUUUCUAGGUAAGGAUCACAAACCCCUUCGCGAUUUCUAAACGCGAUUUAUCGUUAGACUAAUUCGAAGCUCGGAUUUUUUUUAGCGGUGGCGUUGAAGGUGUGAUCAGCGAGGAGAUCAACGUUCCGGGUCGUCAAAUCUAGGUCUAGGCACGUUCUGGAGGUAAGGGAACUCGAUCCAUUUGAGUUAGAUCGAUCGAUUUGGUGUUUUUCUUGAGGGUGCAAUUUUGUGGUUUUAGCAACAGGCGAUCAGGCCUUUAGUGACAGGGUUUGGGUGGUCACUAAAGCUGCUGGGAAUUUUCAGAAAAUUGGUUUUGGAUGGUUUAAAUUGUUUCGAGUCCCUACAAGGGUUUGUUCUUGCGUUUAAAAAUUUUAUAAAUUGGUGCAAGGCUAGGAGAUGACUGUAAAUUAAUUUAGGAAUUUUUGAAGAUGUAUUUAUAAUUUUAGAAAUUUUUCAAACAUUCGUUUUAAUUAAAUAAAAAUAAUUCCAAAGAGUUUAUAAGGGUUUGAUAAUUUUCCAAGGUAUAAGGAUUUAUGAUUGUUAUAUGAAAAUUACUAUCAGAAUUUUUGAGAAGGUUCAAGGUAGGUGGAAAAUUCGUCCAACACUAAAAUAAUUAGGAAAAAGUGGUCGGUUUUGAAGGGAUUGGUUUUGGAAAAAUUUUAAAGUGGGUUAAGAGACCUUGGGAGCGAGCCUCGAGGGCUGGAUGUUGAGGGGAGGAUGUCCUAGUGACCCAAAAGGGAUUUCUCAAUCGAGAAAGGUCGGCUAAGGAGAUGACUUUCUUGUUAAUAGGUUCACCGAGAUAAUUCGGCUAGGAGGGAUUCUUCGAGUAAAUAAUCGAGGAGUCAGCUUUUUAAGGUGAGUGUAAAGGGGGUAAAUUCUACGCCUUACGUGUUCUUUCAAGAGUUACAAGUUUUGAGUAUUUUGCUGAAGUGAAUGUCGUUGUUUGAUUGUACUUAUGAUUGAUGAUAUGUGAUUUUGGUUGAGCUAUGCUUGAUGAGAAGGUGCAUGAGUUCUUAUUUAAAUUUAAGCUUAAGUUGAUAAGUGAUUGCUAAAGUUAAUAAAGCAAGUCCUUUUUAAGAAGUAAAUCGCCUUCAAGAAGGUGAAGUCGUUUUAAGUGUUUUUAGUCACUAGCGCCAGUCCGUUGCUUUUGAGACAGUUUGAGAUAGAGCAGCAGUUAUGCUCUUGAGAUUUUAAGAUGGGCAGCAGUUAUGCCCUUGAGAAUCGUGGUGAAGAGCCACCACGAUAAGUUUAAGAUGUUAGGGGGAUGAAUCGUUACGACUUCCCUAACUAAGUUUAAGUUUAAGGAAAGCCUAGGUGGCUUCUCAUACGUAUGAGUUGGCAACCGGACUAGCUAGUGAGGGAUCCCAGUGUCAGUCAAAAAAAUUUAAGUCAAGUUUUGAGCUUUAAGAAGGGAGCUUUAACUCCCGAAGAAUUUUUGAGUUAUAAGUGUUACGAGUGGAAGUACAAAACAACUCCCACUAGUAGAAGUUAAGUGUUUAGAGAAGAAUACUAAAGUACCAUAGAUUUUAUCGUAAGGGCGUAGACUGACCCCAACUCACUCACCAGAUCGUAGAGGAGGAAAUCCUAACCAGCCAUUCCGUGAGCAGCAAGCUAGAGGGACUCAACACCAUCGUCGCUGAGAGAUGUCGAGCCAGGCGUCAGAGUAAGCAUCAGAGAACUUUUUCCGGUUAUUAAGUCCUUAUGGUUAAGAGUUAAGGAUUGGAGAUUUGUUUCUUUUGGACAUUUGAGUUUUGCCCACGUGUUUAGGGCUUCGAUUUGAGAUAUUGAGAUAUUUAAGUUUGAUAUUUUAUUUAAACUUGUGUUAUUUGAGAUUUUUAACUAUACCUCGGGGUAGAAAUGUCUUUUUUCCAAGUUCAAAGAGGUGGGAUGUUUCAAAUAUCUCACACCACAUUGGACCUUUUUGUAAAUUUUUAAAAGUUUAGGUACUAACUUUUAAAAAUAAAAAAAAUUGGGUACCAAAAUGCAAUUUUACCAUAAAAAUUUAUGGACUUAUUUGUAAAAAAAUACUUUUUAGGUACUAAAUUGUAAGAAAAAACAAUUUUGGGU